AUGAGCGGCCCUGAGAUUAUAUCUGCCUCUGCGCCGGUCAGGGGCGUUGGAGAUGGAAAAGGGACAGCGGUUAUCCAGGUUCAAAACGAGGAUGAGCUUCGGUUGGCCCAGAUGGGGCAUAAACAGGAAUUAGAUCGACAUUUCUCUCUGUGGAGUUUGAUCGGGCUGGCGGCGAAUUGUACUAUUUCGUGGACAGGCCUCGGCUUGGGCUUAAUAACUGCAAUUAAUGCAGGUGGUCCUGGCGCCCUUAUAUAUGGCUUCAUCCUCGUUUUUAUCCUGCAGUCCUUCGUCGGCGCUUCACUGGCAGAAUUUGUAUCCGCCUAUCCAACGGAAGGAGGCAUGUAUCAUUGGAUUGCGGCAAUUGCUCCCAAAAAAUAUAACAGUUUGCUCAGCUUUGCCACAGGCUGGUGCACUGUAUUCGGAUGGAUCUUCACAACUGCAUCAACCAAUUUGAUCUAUGCCACAACCGCCAUGGCUCUGAUUGCUUUUUACCAUGAUGGUCUGGUGGUUCAACCAUGGAUGACUUUUGUUGCAUAUCAAAUCCUUAAUAUCCUCACUGCGGGUGUGGUCAUGUUCGGCAAUCGGUUCAUUCCAACAAUCAACAAGUUCUCAUUGGUAUACCUCCAAUUGGCUUGGUUUAUCACCAUGGUUGUCGUCGCCGCCAAGGCACCGCUUCACAAUGACAGCAAGUUCGUGUUUCGUACCUGGAUCAAUGAAACAGGCUGGGACAACAAUGUUAUCUGCUUCAUCACAGGCCUUGUGAAUCCAAUGUACUCACUUGGAGGUCUAGAUGGGAUCUCACACAUCACAGAGGAAAUGCCCAAUCCAGGAAGAAAUGCUCCCUUGGGUCUAGCUAUAACUCUAUCAAUUGCCUUUGUAACCGGCCUGUCAUAUCUUCUGAGCCUCAUGUUUUCAGUUCAGAACUAUGACAGCUUGGCUGACACACAUACUGGACUUCCUCUCGCCGAACUCUUCUGGCAGGCAACCUCUACAAGAGGUGGAGCCUUCGGCCUGGUGUUCAUGGUAUGGAUUGCCCUUGGGCCUUGCGUCAUCGGUUCGCAGUUGAGUACUGGGCGUGUAUUUUGGGCCUUUUCCCGCGAUGAUGGUUUGCCUUUGUCGAAAAUAUGGGCGCGCGUUAAUCCUAAACUGGGCUCUCCGUUCAACGCACAGCUCUGCGUUACUGUAAUUGUCGCCCUCCUUGGCUGCAUAUACUUGGGAUCGACCACGGCGUUCAAUUCAAUGAUGAGCUCCGCUGUGACAAUCAACAACCUGGCUUACCUUGUGCCUAUUCUUACAAAUGUGCUCUUAUUCCGCCGGACCAUGCACCGUGGCCCAUUCUUCAUGGGCCAAACCAUAGGCAUGGCAGUGAACGUCAUCUCUGUGUCUUGGCUGCUUUUCGCAAUUGUCUUUUUCUCGUUCCCGUACCAGAUGCCUGUAACCGUAUCGAACAUGAACUAUACCUGCGUUGUUGUGGGGGGGGUUCCUAAGCAUUGA